AUGCGUUUCGCUGCCAUCAUCGCUGCCCUCGCCGUCACGGCCACCGCGCUUCCCGCAACCUCACUAGAGCAGACGGGUGCAUCUCUUGGUACGUGA